AUGCCUCUUUUUGGCAACACAUUCAGUCCCAAGAAGACACCUCCUCGCAAGUCUGCGUCUCUCUCCAAUCUACAUACUCUGGAUCGAUCCACCAGGGAGGUUGAGUUGGGUUUGGAGUAUGGGGCCCCUGUAAUGAAUAUUGGAGGACAGAGUUUGAAAUUUGAAGAAGGACAAUGGAUUGCAGAAUCAGGUGGCAGUGUGUCGGGGAAGGAAUUGCAACGACUGAAGAAGAGGAAUCUACAGUUAGAGGAAGAGAACAACUUACUAAAACUUAAAAUUGAUCUUCUUCUGGAUAUGCUAUCAGAGACCACAGCUGAGUCUCAUCUAAUACAGAAGGAGCUUGAUGAUUUGAAGAAUCACACAAGAAGAAAGAAGUGA